CAAACACAAAACAGUCGAAACCUCAAAGUAUUUGGCUGAUAGUAUGUAAAACCUACCCAAUUUCUUUGGGUGUUUUUAGUGCUUCUUAUAUACUUUAGACUGAUUUUAUUAGUUGAAACACUCUGACUGAACCCAACAAUGUUUUCAAAAUGUUGAAUAUUGAGAUUUGUACUUCUUGAUUACUUGUUUCACUUUAAAAAAUUGAAUGAUUAUGCUGAAAGAGAACACACCGGAUUUUUUUGAAAAUUCAAAUUGUAAUGCUCACUCAUUGUUUAUCGCGAAAAAUUGACGCAUUUGUUUGACUUGAAUCUCAAACACUCGUAUUAAAACAAACACUCGUCACGCAAUAUGUGCAAACUUCAAAUCCAACUGGUGAAUUGUAGUUUCAAUGUAACUGCUGCUGCAAGUAUCACAGGACUACCAAAGCAUGAACCAAUCUCGCGAGUUAAUCCAAAUCUGCAUCUUAAUAUUGGGUUUCACAACUCAUCAGAGUUCUGCAACACCUCCACCAGAUGUUGCUGCUGAGGCAAAACUCAUUGCAGACUCCAAUCGAGCCGAGCUAAUCGUCAUGAGAAUAUUCCCAUUUAGAAACCCUGAUGAAAGAAAGAAAAUUAAUGACAUGGUUCGUCAAAAAGGUGUAACACCUUUGAUCGAUGACAAAUACAUGCCUGUAGCACCAGGCUCAAUCCCAUAUCUAGAUCUAUGUUUCGUUUUACUGAACAGCGAUAAAAUCACAAUUCUGAGUAGAUACAUCUUCAGUUUUCUCAAAGCCAAGGAUGAAACAUUAAUAACCAUCAUAAUGCUACUGGUUGAUCGUAUGGACGAUUUCACAAAAGCAUGCCAUUGCAUAGACAAAGAUGGUUUUGAUGACGCUUGCGAAGAUCAAAGAAAACCUUACAGAAAUAUGUUAAGAGUCUGGCUUGAGAGUAACAGACCACCUGAUUGCGCUGCAGAUCAAACAGCCGUUGACAAAGAAGCUUGUACCUUGCUUGAUGAAAAACCUAAAUGGGAUGAUGAUCGCGAUCAGUUGGAAAAAGUUCUCAUGAAGAGUUCUUACGCAAUGGCCAAAGCUAUCUUGACAAAAUAUGAAGAAAAAAAUAAACACCCGAUUGAAGAUGACAUCAAAGCAAUAAUUAAAAAUGCAGACCUCGUAGAUGCAUACAGCUCUUUAGCUUCCUACAUAAAAAACAAGUACAAGUGUUUGGCCACAAAGCUACAUGAGCACAGUGACAGUAAUGACAACUGGACAGUCUGGAACAUUCUAAUAGGAAUCCUGAAACCAGAUGAAUGGAAACAAAUUGACACUGAAUUCAAGAAAGACAAUGAUAACAUUGGCGUUGUUGAAUUUAUUUCAAAAAACAUUUUGGGAGAUUUUGUUCUGAUGGAAACAUUUGCAUACCUAAUUGAUCAAAAUUAUAAACCACAAUUUCUCGAUGUUCCUGCACCAAUAGCAACUCCAGCAACAUCUCCACCCAAACCAGCACCUUCAGGACCACCAGUUCCACCAACUUGUGUAGUGCCACCAAUGCAGGCACCAAUAGCGACUCCAGCAGCACCUCCAGCCCAACCAGCACCUUCAGGACCUCCAGUUCCACCAAACUGUGUAGUACCACCAAUGCAGCCACCACAACCACCUUCGCUGUCUGGUUAAUUAAUUGUAGUUUCUGUUCAAUGUGCAUAAAUGUGAUUUGUGUGGAAUUUAUCCUUUGUUCAAUAACUUAGGCACAAAGGUAAAAAACAUUAUGACAGUAUGAAUUUGUUUAAUCAAUGCCUCAGAUUUGCCCAAUGGGCAGUUGAAAUGUUGCAGAACAACCUAUUUAACAAUCAUUUGUAUGAAUAAAUUAUCACAU